AUGGAAGACGAUGAUCAUCACCGGGGACCCGAAAUUAGCCCCCUAUUUAUCGGCCUCGUCGGGAUUCUCGCCGGUGCCAUCAUAGUCGCAACACUACAUUGCGUCACUAUGAGUUGGUGCAGACUAAGACAAUCAUCAAAUUCAACAAACCAACCCCAAAUUGCUAGAAUUAAUCGUCGAGUAGAGGCUCCUAGUAGCAGUACUAGCACAAACAGUUCAUCAACUGUGAACCUAAUCACAGUGUAUAGAUAUAGCAAAGAGUGUAGAGAGAGCAGCACAUGUGCGGUGUGCUUGAGUGAGUUCACGGAAGGCGAGGAGGUGCGCGUGCUGCCAGAAUGCGCCCACCAAUUUCAUGCGCUGUGUGUUGAAAUGUGGCUCUUUUCGCACCCAAGUUGCCCGCUUUGUCGGGCUAAGACUACGGCUCUGCAGCAGCAUGUGGUGGUGUCCUUGCCGGAUCCACCACCGGAGCUUUCGAGGAUGCCAGAUUUUGGUGGUUGA